AUGGCCGAAACACACAGAGGAAAGGCUGCUUUAGCAGAAAGAGAGCCGAAGAUUAUUGAGAAUAGAAAGAAGUCUCUUUUCAUCAAAGGAAGAAAGUUCCCUGCCGCUAUGCAACAGGUUUGGGAUGAUCUUGCUCUCUUCAGGUUUGGUGAAAUUGUCAAAUUCACAAGAGAAAAUGAUAUUGUACCAUUCGAAGAUGCUUCUCAGAUUCAAGAACACUGCAGAAAGAACGAUUGCUCUUUAUUCACAUUCGCAACUACAAAUAAGAAGAGACCAAAUGAUAUAAUAUUUGGCAGACUCUUCAAUUACGCACUAUUAGACAUGUACGAGUUUGGUGUAACUAAUAUAAUUCCUCACAAAGAUUUACCUCGAAAUGAAUUUAAGCAUGGUGAGCUUCCAGCACUUAUUUUCCAAGGUGACCAGUGGAAUAGCGAGCUCAGCUCAUUACGUAACUACUUUAUGGAUUACUUUGUCGGUGAUCUUCAAGGUACAGUUGACAUUGAACAAGUUGCACACUGUAUUGUAUUCACAUACGUUGAAGCAGACAAGACAAUAUUAUUCCGCCACUACUUAGUCAAUACAGAAAAAGAUACUCCAGAAUUAACUUUAACAUCUCCUUGUUUUGACCUUGUUUGCCGUCGUGAUAUGAAGCCAGAUGAAGAAGCAUAUGAAAAUGCUCUUAUCAAGGCUCCAGAAGAAAAGAAGAAGAAGAAUGUCAAGAAAGACGCUCUUGGUCGUGAACUUGGCCGAGUGUUUGUUGGCAAGAAUGAUACAACAUCACUCACAAUGAAGAAGUUCCCUGGCCUUCCAAAGCGUUCAAUGAGACAAGCUGUUCAAGAUGCAGAACACGAUUUAGUGUAA